CGGUCUUUUGAUACUUGAGACAAUCCUUCAGCAUCCUUUAUACUCAAAUAAAUUAAUUUUAUAUUUUAUAUUGUCUUAGAAUUUACACUAAAGUGUUUUCUUUUCUAAUUUCAGUACAAGGUUAGUUUGCUUUAUUAUUUUAAUUAAAUUUCUAUUAAAUGCCUUUUCGCAUAUACAGAUAAUUAUGAUAUACACCAAUAUUACAACCAUAAAGGACUUUAUUAUCACUGGGUUCCCUGGCCUUUCCCCUGAGUAUUAUGGAUGUGUCUCUUUCCUUCUCCUCCUCAUUUUCUUAGCUAUUUUGUUUGGGAAUACAUUCAUUGUAUCUGUCAUAAUAUAUGAGAGGACUCUUCACAAACCAGUGUACUUGAUCAUUAUUUAUCUCGCAGUGACGGACACCACAUUUGGCAUCGUGACCAUUCCAAAAAUCCUUGCCAGAUAUUGGUGGAAUGACAUGAAGUCUUCAUUUGGAGCCUGUUUUACACAGAUGUAUUUUGUCCAUUCUUUGGGAGCUUUUACUUCUUCGGUCUUGAUGAUUAUGGCUUUUGACCGCUUCAUUGCCAUAUGGCUUCCUUUUCAGUAUCCUGUUUUGAUUACAAACAAAAGUGUUUGUGUUGCAUGUAGCCUGUGCUGCGUUGUGACUUUCACACGCAUGUUGGGAUUAGUGCUUCAUGCCUUAUCUGUGCCUUACUGCAACCUGAAUGUCAUCACACAGUGCUUCUGUGAUCAUGUAUCAAUAAUUCAGCUGGGAUGUGGUGAAAAUGUUGCAUAUGUUAAGUUUGUAGCUUUUGUAAAUGCUAUGUUCAGUCUUUUGGGUCCUCUGACAAUCAUCUGUAUUUCCUACUUAUGCAUAAUCAUAGCGGCUGUGAAAAUGUCUUAUGCAGAAAGGCACAACAAAGUUCUUUCCACCUGUGCACCACAGAUCUUUAUAACCUGCCUUUAUUAUGUGCCCAGAUGUUUUGUUUACCUUUCUUCCAACCUGGGAUUCACUUUCAGCAUUGAUGUCCGUGUUAUUAUAACGAUGAUGUACAGCCUCAUACCUUGUGCAGUCAAUCCACUGGUAUAUUGUUUGAAGACUAAGGACAUUAAAAAGGUUCUUGUGCAUAGAUUUAAAAGAAGACAAAUUGAUGUUGCAUUCAAACUGGACAAUAAACAUAAUAUUAAUUAA